GGAGUUUCAGUAUAAACAAGGGAUCCGACUGGUUGGACGGAUUUUUCUUUUCCUUCUUCCCGCGCGCUUUCGCUCCCAGUCCUUUGGUUGCGUUGUGGGCGCGCGGCACACAGCCGGGAGGCCGAGGACCCGGGGCCGUCUGCAGGUACAUGGGGUUGGACAAAUCUGCGCCAAAGAGGCCGUGGCAGGCAUGGGCGAUGCUAGUUCUGCGAUUAUGCUGGAAAAGGUAGAGAAGCGUGUACCCUGAGAGAGUUGACAACCCGGUGGGCAGAAAACAGCAAUCACGAGAGCUGUGAAGAGAAGGUUUUGCUGCAGCUGAGAAGAACUCGGAACGGGACUGGGAUUCAAAAAGAGGAAAUGGAAGCUCGGGAUAGGAGCUGCCUCACACCCACCCUUCUUCCCUGGGGAAGAGUCAGCAAAUGAUUCCUGGAGGAUUAACUCUAUUAAGAGCCCUGGACUAAGUGCUUCUCUGGAGUCAAUGUCCAGUGCUUAGUGUACCAAUUUGUCUUCUUAAACAAGAACCAAGCCAAUGUUGAGGUUUCUGAGCCUCAUUUUUUAGUUCCAGAAUUGAAGCAUGUAAAACUAAAGUCCUGGGUCUCAAAUUUGAGUAACACCGAACAAACAGUAGUUCUUGAUGGGACUCCUAAGAGGAAAGCAUGCCUCAGACUCCUCCCUUUUCAGCAAUGUUUGACAGCAGUGGUUACAACCGAAACCUCUAUCAGUCUGCGGAGGACAGCUGUGGAGGGUUGUAUUACCAUGACAACAACCUCCUCUCUGGGUCUCUGGAGGCGCUCAUCCAGCACCUGGUACCUAGCGUGGACUACUAUCCAGACAGAACCUACAUAUUCACCUUCCUGCUCAGCUCCCGGCUGUUCAUGCAUCCGUAUGAGCUGAUGGCCAAGGUGUGCCACUUGUGUGUUGAGCACCAGCGACUCAGUGAGCCUGAUGGGGAUAAGAGCCAAAUAAGAAAAAUUGCACCCAAAAUUCUUCAACUCCUGACGGAAUGGACAGAAACCUUUCCUUAUGAUUUUCGGGAUGAAAGAAUGAUGAGAAACUUAAAAGACCUGGCCCACCAAAUAGCCAGUGGCGAGGAGACGUAUAGGAAGAAUGUCCAGCAGAUGAUCCAGUGUCUGAUCCGCAAGCUCGCCGCGCUCAGCCAGUACGAGGAGAUCCUGGCAAAAAUCAGCUCCACGUCUACAGAUCGGCUCACGGUCCUCAAGACCAAGCCACAGUCCAUACAGAGGGACGUCCUCACCGUCUGCAGUGACCCCUACACGUUGGCCCAGCAGCUGACUCACAUAGAGCUGGAGAGGCUGAAUUAUAUUGGCCCAGAAGAAUUCGUUCAGGCGUUUGUGCAGAAGGACCCUUUGGACAAUGACAAGAGUUGCUACAGUGAACGGAAGAAAACACGCAGCUUGGAGGCUUACGUGGAGUGGUUUAACCGCCUCAGCUACUUGGUUGCCACGGAAAUCUGCAUGCCUGUAAAGAAGAAGCACCGAGCAAGGAUGAUUGAGUAUUUCAUUGACGUGGCUCGGGAGUGUUUCAACAUCGGCAACUUUAACUCCUUGAUGGCAAUAAUCUCCGGCAUGAAUAUGAGCCCCGUCUCUCGACUGAAGAAAACUUGGGCCAAGGUGAAGACGGCCAAGUUCGACGUUCUUGAGCAUCAGAUGGACCCUUCGAGCAACUUCUACAAUUAUCGAACAGCUCUGCGUGGGGCAGCACAAAGGUCUUUAACCGCUCAUAGCAGCAGGGAGAAGAUUGUGAUACCAUUCUUCAGUCUUUUAAUCAAAGAUAUUUAUUUCCUCAAUGAAGGCUGUGCUAACCGCCUUCCCAACGGCCACGUCAACUUCGAGAAAUUUUGGGAACUGGCCAAGCAAGUGAGCGAGUUCAUGACGUGGAAACAAGUGGAGUGUCCGUUUGAGAGGGACCGGAAGAUCUUGCAGUACCUGCUCACGGUCCCCGUCUUCAGCGAGGACGCUCUCUACCUGGCGUCCUAUGAGAGUGAAGGACCUGAAAAUCACAUAGAGAAAGACAGGUGGAAGUCCUUAAGGUCCAGCCUCCUGGGCAGAGUUUAAUACAACAUCCUCCUGGGACACCGGCUGCUUCUGCUGCUCUGUCUCACCCGUCAUCGAGGGGCUGGCCCCUGUUUCCGGGCAUCUAGUGCUACAAAACAAAUCACGAAGUCCCCGCCAGCAGGCUCAGCAGUUGGGGACCUCCUUCCCCACAGCUGACAGAUUGACUCAGAUUUUCUGAGACUGAAAUGUUCAUGAGGACCCUGGAGAAAGAAUCCGCUGAAGAUCCCGGCUCUGCUGCGAUCCAUCUCCUGGAAUUUCCAUGUGAAUCACAGCUCUGCACCUGGAUGGAGCCUUUUCUUUUGUGUGUGUGGUUUUUUUUUGUUUGUUUGUUUGUUUUAAUUUGGUUCAACAUUUGCUGCUAAUGGGACUUGCCCAGCUGAGUGCUGGCUCUUAGGAAGCCCAUGUUUCUUUGGUAACUUAAAGGAAAAAGGGAGAGGAGGGAGGGAAAGAAACCCCUCCACUGAGAUCCUAAACCUGGGCUCCCAGGUAUGGCCCAGGGGGCCCAGGCUGGCUGGAUGCUGCCUGCGGACUCGGAGUCCCUGAGUGCGGCUGUGUUGUGAAUUCUCCUCCUUCCUCUUCCUCCGAGGUUUUGAGUUGGCUGCUGGUUAGCAAACUCCUUUUUACCCAUAUAAGUUAUUUAAUAUAAUAAUGAAGCUCAACACUGUGGUAGGAAAAUAGCCACUAGGAAAAAAAAAAGCAGAGUUUGUCAUUGGACUGUGUCACGUUUUAGAAGGACCUUCUGUUUUCUUUGCCCUUCGGAGCUGUUGACCAUGGAGCGCUGUGUUCGGCAGGUGUAUUUUUCAGUAGUUGGUUUUUUUGUUGUCGUUACUUAGCUUUCCAUAAUGCCUACUUUUUUUUCCCUCUUGUAAUUUAAAUGUUCUGAAUUUAAGAGUCUUGGGGGAAAACAACCUCCAUGGCCUAAUGCCAGUUUAAUUUUUUUUUAACAGACUGUUAAUUUUCGUUACCUUUCGGAGUCUGUUGGCAACUAAACAUGUGAACAGAAAACAAAUUGGAAAAGUCCUCCCCCCACUCCCCCAACCAGAGCAGAGAACCAAACACAUGAAAAACAUCUUGCUGUUAACUCGGAGGUCGAUCUAAUUGUGAAAUAGUUCUCACCUCGUGAAACAUCUCAGUCAAUCCAUAGUUGCUCCGCCAACAGCUGUUAGAGUUAUUUACUCUGGGGAAAACUGUAGAGCAGUAACCUGUGCUGAUGCAGAAAAAACCAAAACAUUAUGUUCAAGACAGAGAUGCAUCUGAGAACUUCCUGACAUGGUUUCGAAAACCAGAGCAUAUGCCUGUCCGUACGCUUCCCGCCGUCUCAGCAGACCACACAUGUCUCUCGCGUGUCCUUCUACAGCCAUCAAUAUAUUUGACACUCUGCGGCCAGGA